CCACGUGUCCUCUCUCUCUCCUUCUCUGUCUCUCUCUCUGAGUCUUUUUUUGGUUUAUUUCCUAGCCCAUCUCCCCUUACCUACGCGUCCUACCAGAAUAGCUCUUAUACCGCCUUACGGAGCAAUCAGGUGGCACCAACUCAGAGAGGAGAUCUCGACAGCAUCAUUUCAAGCCCAACAUGCCAUCGAGGAGGUGCCGAUGCACUCUCAGCACUCUACGCUGGGCUAUUCUAUUCAAUCGAUAAUAAUAUGACACCUCAGAGGUCAGCCUUUACCUUCAAGGGCAUUUUACUAAGCUGAGGAUGAGUUACACGCUCCCCAAAAGCGAAUCGACGACCUCCUUACUGAGAUCCUCCGCACCGGCCAGGAGCGCGGCUCAGCCGCCCGAUCAUCCUGGAGCCCGGCGGAUACACCAUCAGCGAUCCGCGGCGGCGUCAUCUGGAGCGGAGCCGGCUGAUUGCGAUGCGAGCUCGCGGAGACCCCUGUGUCACCCCUCACUUGUCAGUACCCGGAAUAGCGCAGAGAAGAGCCACCCACAACACUCCCACUCCCAUGGACACGCUCUUUCCACGGCUCACAGUCAGGAGGACCUGUCGGAGCUUCCAGGUGGAAGGGAACGAAGGACAGCCAGACGGCAUCAUCACCAUCAUCAUCAUCAACACCACAAUCGUCAUCAUCAUCAUCAUCAUCACCGCCACCGGUCCACCCGGGACGACCUGCCCCAAGAGCCCCGACCCAAACACUCUCACGCCGCUCGCAUGCCCACCAGAACUCAGUCUUUUUCCGAGUCCAGGGACGAAACGGCUCUCUUUUUUGAGUCACCUCAACUGGCUCGACCGGGAUCGUCAACGAGCAGAGAGGCGUGUCCACCCUCCACCGCCUCAUCCUCGCCGGUGCCCGCAUCCUCCAGCCGCUCCUCCCGGAGAUCGGGGAGGUCCAGCGCAGCAUCUUCUGAAGCGGAUUUCAACCUGCGCCCGUUCCUCAGCUCAGUGUUUGGACAGAAUCGAGAGUUGAGACCAGAGGAGAUUGAUGAGUUGCGUGAAGCAUUUAAGGAGUUUGAUAAAGAUAAAGAUGGCUUUAUCGGCUGUAAAGACCUGGGGAACUGCAUGAGAACUAUGGGCUACAUGCCCACCGAGAUGGAACUAAUUGAACUGAGCCAACAAAUCAACAUGAACUUAGGUGGCCAUGUGGAUUUUGAGGACUUUGUAGGGUUGAUGGGACCUAAACUCCUUGCAGAGACAGCAGACAUGAUUGGCAUAAAAGAGCUAAGAAACGCCUUCAAAGAAUUUGACACAAAUGGAGAUGGUGAAAUAAGCACAGGAGAGUUAAGGGAAGCUAUGAGGAAGCUGCUGGGACAACAGGUUGGCCAUCGAGACCUAGAGGACAUACUAAGAGACAUUGACUUGAAUGGAGACGGCCGAGUUGACUUUGAAGAGUUUGUGCGAAUGGUGUCCCGCUGAAAGGGCAGCGCUCAUAUGGUGUCUCCAACAGAAGAAAGUGAGAUGCUGUACUGCUUCCUGCUGGUCAAAGCAGACAGAGUAUUAGACUACUGCAAGAAAAGCCCUGCUGAGCCAGUGUUGUGUGGUAUAAAAAAUGAAAACUGGAGUUUUUGGAGGAAAAAAAAAAACCUCAUGCACACACAAACAAAAAAGUAUACACGUAUACUGUAGCCAAGUGUCUCUGCACUUUCAACCAUGCAAGACCAAACAAAGUUUUUUACACGCACAUUAGAGUACAAUGCUUGAUUAUGGCAAUAUUACAUUAAGUGUUGUCCCUGAUGUCACAUAUAUGUGUCUCUGUGUGAUAAUCUAAGGUGAAAAAAAUGAUGUCUGAACGUUUUCACAGUCACAUUCUGUGAUUUCUAAAAUGUUUUUCUUUUGUUUGCAGUAUCGUAACGGCGUCUAAUGCAUUGAUUUUCUGAUGAUAUGUUAUAUAAGUCAAGCUCAUACCUAACUCCAGUUUUGACUGGAGUUAUUAUUAUUUGUCCUAUUUGCCUGUUUCUGUUCUAAAAUCACAGUGCAUGCCUUUAAAACAAAUAUAUACCACUGUGCAAGAUGGAACCAAAUUUUGUCGAUGACCUCUAUAGUUUUAAAGAUUUAAUUUUAACACAUAACUGAUUGAUUUCUAAGUUUAGAAAUGUUUGAUUCACUAUUUUUAGUUGUCAUGACAUACUUGUCAGGCAACUCAUUUCAAGAGCACACAGUUUCACUCUACACAGGCCUAUUUGAAUCAAUGCACAAUACCCAGAUUUCAUACAAACGUUCAGUACCUGAUCACUAUAUGCUUAAGAAACAGACAGUGAAGUUUUAUUUAUUUGACUUGAGCCUCUUUAUGUCUGUUUGUGUGACCAGUGUCAGAGACAUUUGUAGUCUUAAUUGUUAUCUGAUCUGAUUAUUGCAUGCCAAAAAGACCUUCCUAUGUAAUAUAGUGGUUUUAAUACACUGUAACAAAAUAAGCAAAUAAAACUGUGUCUAGUAAUAGCGUAUAUUUUUCAUCACCA